AUGUCGUUCAAUCGACUUCUCUUCCUUUACUUCAUAGUCUCUCUCAUCUUCUCCGGCUUCGCUUCCUCUGCAACAUUACCCACAGAUGAAGUGGAGGCUUUAAGAGACAUAGCGGCGGCGUUGAAUAAGACUAAUUGGAAGUUCACGGUGGAUCCAUGCAGCGGCGAAGAAGGAUGGAGAAAUCUUAACGCCGGCAAGGGAACCGAAGACGCCGUUACUUGUAACUGCUCCUCCGUUUGCCACGUCACCAGCAUAAUUCUCAAGGCACAAAACCUUGAUGGAUCUCUUCCUAAGUUUGCAGGACUUCCUUUUCUGCAAGAGAUUGAUCUGUCUAGAAACUUUCUCAACGGUUCCAUCCCUCCCGAAUGGGGAGCCUUGCCGCUUCUCACUACUUGGAAACCGGAUAAGCGGUCCAAUCCCAAAAGAGAUUGGGAACAUUACAAACCUUACGAGCCUAUUUCAGGGAAAUUACCUCCAGAGCUAGGGAGUCUACCUAACAUUGAGAGAAUCCUUCUUACCUCGAACUACUUGACCGGGGAAAUCCCAAGUUCAUUCGCCAAACUUAUUACAUUGACUGAUUUCCGUAUUGGCGACAACCAGUUCACCGGUACUAUACCAGAUUUCAUCCAGAACUGGACAGAACUUGAUAAAUUGGUUAUUCAAGCAAGUGGUUUAGUCGGACCGAUUCCUAGUGCCAUUAGUCCUCUUAGAAAGAUAACAGACCUGAGAAUCAGUGACUUGAGCGGACCCGAAUCUCCAUUUCCGCCACUACAAAACAUGACAUUGAUGAAGACACUGAUUCUUAGGAACUGCAGUCUUACAGGAGACUUACCUGCCUAUCUUGGACCGUUCAGUUCCUUAAAGCUCUUAGAUCUUAGCUUUAACAAACUGAGUGGACCAAUCCCGGAAACAUAUACCGCUUUGUCGAAUGUAGAUCACAUAUAUUUAACAAGUAACAUGUUAAACGGGGUAGUACCAACUUGGAUGGUAGACAAAGGAGACAAUAUUGAUCUUACUUACAAUAACUUCUCCAAAGAUUCCAAUACCGCAAAUUGUCAACAGAAAGCUGUGAAUAUGUUUUCAAGCACAAGCCCUUUAGUGGCAAAUAAUUCCUCAAACGUCUCGUGUCUGACUAAUUAUAUCUGUCCUAAGACUUUCUAUGGCCUUCAUAUAAACUGUGGUGGUAAUGAUAUAACAAUCAAUAAGACUAAGUAUGAUGCUGACACAUCGGGUGGUACAACCUUCUACGAUAGUAGAAACGGUUGGGUUUCUAGCAACACGGGACACUUCGUGGAUGAUGAUCGGUCUCCCGAAAAAGUAACUGUAUGGGAAAAUUCAUCAGCUCUUAGGAUAACAGAUCCUAGGCUUUACACACAUGCACGUCUCUCGGCCAUCUCCCUCACUUACUACGCGUUAUGUCUUGGAAAAGGAAAUUACACAGUCAAUCUUCAUUUCGCUGAAAUUAUGUUCACGGACAAGAACAUUUAUAGCAGUUUGGGAAGACGAUUCUUUGACAUAUAUGUUCAGGGUAACCUUAAGAUUAAGGAUUUCAAUAUUGCUGAUGAGGCAAAAGGUCUUGGAAGAGCUGUGGUUAAGAGUUUUCCAGUCACGAUUACAACAAAUGGGAAAUUGGAAAUAAGAUUGCAUUGGGCUGGUAGAGGAACUACAGCUAUUCCUGACAGAGGUGUAUAUGGUUCUCUCAUAUCGGCUGUAUCGGUAGAUCCAAAUUUCAUUCCACCAAAGGAAGAUGGCACUGGAAGCUCUGUUGGUACAGUGGUUGGUAUAAUAGUUGGUUCAACGGUGUUUCUUGUGCUUUUAAUCGGUGCUAUUUUAUGGUGGAGAGGCUGCUUAAGACCCAAGAGUCAGAUGGAGAAAGAUUUCAAGAAAUUGGAUUUCCAGAUCAGUUCUUUCUCAUUGAGGCAAAUUAAAGUUGCUACGGAUAACUUUGAUCCAGCAAAUAAGAUCGGGGAAGGUGGCUUCGGUCCUGUACACAAGGGAAUGUUGAAUGAUGGAACCGUUAUCGCGGUGAAGCAGCUAUCAUCGAAGUCAAAACAAGGGAACCGAGAGUUCUUAAACGAGAUUGGCAUGAUUUCGGCUCUGCAACAUCCGCAUUUGGUUAAACUAUAUGGAUGUUGUGUUGAAGGUGAUCAGCUCUUGCUAGUCUACGAGUACUUGGAAAACAACAGUCUAGCCCGAGCGCUUUUCGGUCCUCAAGAGACUCAAAUACGACUAAAUUGGCCAACAAGGCAGAAGAUUUGCAUCGGUAUAGCAAGAGGACUAGCUUAUCUCCACGAGGAAUCAAGACUCAAGAUUGUCCACAGAGACAUCAAAGCCACUAAUGUCUUGCUGGAUAAAGAAUUAAACCCAAAGAUUUCUGAUUUCGGUCUUGCUAAGCUUGAUGAAGAAGAAAACACACACAUCAGCACACGAGUCGCAGGAACAUACGGAUACAUGGCUCCAGAAUACGCCAUGAGAGGCCAUUUGACAGACAAAGCAGACGUUUACAGUUUCGGCGUUGUGGCUCUUGAAAUCGUUCACGGAAGAAGCAACUCAAGCACACGAUCCAAAGGCGAUGACUUCUACCUUCUUGACUGGGUACACGUUCUAAGGGAGCAAAACAAACUACUGGAAGUUGUAGAUCCGAGGCUAGGAACAGAUUACAACAGAGGAGAAGCAACGACGAUGAUCAAAAUCGGAAUCCUCUGCACCAGUGAAGCUCCGGGGGAUAGACCGUCGAUGUCUACGGUGGUGAGUAUGCUCGAAGGACAUUCUACGGUGGAUGUUGAGAAGCUUCUAGAAGCUUCGUUUAACAGAGGAGGUCAGAAAGAUGAAGAGAGCGUGAGAGCGAUGAAGAAGCAUUACGCAAUGAUUGGUGGAGAAGAGAUAACGAACACGACGGAUCGAACUAUCUCCACCGACGGACCAUUCACGUCGUCUUCUACGUCCACCGCAGCCGACGAUCUUUACCCUGUUAAGCUUGAUUCUGCUUAUUGGGACACUAGAGCUUAA